CUCAUUUGUAAUCAGAUGAAAGCGCAGAUAAUCCCGAGUCUGGCUCCAUCUUGUUCACCGUUGGAGUAGAAGGAGGUGGAGGAGGGGCCGUGAGAGGGGGAGGCUGGGCCUGGUGGGGGUCACCUGUGGAUGAGAAGAAGGAGGAAGCAGUUUUCUUUCCCUUCCAAGGCCCUGGACUGACGGGGCGCUCAGAGGAUGAGUGAACUCUGACACCGAGAGACAGACGGAGAAAAGGAGAGAGAGAGUGAGAGAGAGAGAAAGGAGAAGAGGGGAGCUUUGUGCUCGUCACUGACACUCGAGGUAAAAAGGCCUUGCCCAUGGCAGAGAGCGCACGCCCCGUAUCAGAGCUCUUUCCCCCGGGGAGCGCCGCUGCCUCUGGCGCUGACAGCACCUCUGAUGGUGGCAUCUUCCCCCUCUCCAAGAGCUCGACGGACGUGGUGACGGGGCCUCUGCGGCAAAAGGAGCCGCGGAAGAGUUUGAGCAGCGCCGCGUGCUCUCGGACGUCUGUCGACAGCGGCGGCCCAUCACUGCCGCCGUCAGGGAGUGACUCCCAGGAGCACAGCAGCGGGCCCGGCACGCCGGAGACGGUGAUCCACCGCGACGCGGAGCGCCCGUGCAGCAUUGCCGAGAUCCCAUGGACUGAGCCGCCGCCCGCGGGCGAGGUCGCGGUGAACAGCCACCCCUGCGCGGCCCCCGGCCCACAGAGCCACGCCUCCUCCUCAUCCCACACGGACCUCCGCGACCAGCGCCUGGAGCUGGUCCAGCAGCCGGUGCAGAGGAGCCUCUCGGCUAGCCUGCACACGGCCAGGGAAGGGCCGGCGCCCCGGCGGAGCGAGACCAGCGUCGCCUGCCCCCGGGCGGGAUACUGCGGCCAGGACACGGCGGGCUGCCCGGGGCUGGUGUGCAAGCAGCCCAUGCAGCUGCAGCAGAGCAACACGGUCACCACCUGCCGGGGCAGCAGCAGCAGCAGCCCCACCCAGCAGCAGCAGCAGCAGCAGGGGGGCGUCCGGAUCUGCCUGCCCAGCCCAUCCAGCAGCUCAGGGGAGGGCGAGGCGAAGCAGCCGUCCUGUGGCGGGGAGGCCUGCUAUGGUCACCUGGUCAACCACGGCGGCCUGGAGGACACCUUCGCCGCCUACUGCCACCCGCUGCCGAUCCCCACGCCGGCCCAGCUGCUGCCGCGCCUGGUCGGGGCGGAGGGCGAGUGCGGGGGUCAGAGGGCGCCGGCCCACGCCGGCCUGCUCACCUUCCCCCGGCUCAUCUCGUCCGUCAGCGAGACGGGGCUCGACGCCAAGCGGAUGAUGCGCUGCUGCAACGUGGACUGCCAGGAGCAGGGCGCGGCCUACCCCAUCCUGCCGCCACCGGGGGGCCUGCAGGGGGCCGGCAGGGCCACCAGGGAGGCGGGGACCAUGACCUCCCGCGGGGAGCUGAGGGACGUGGGGGUGCAGACGGAGCUCUCGGAGACGCCCCCGCCCCACGUGUACCCCGAGGUCAGCGUGGCGGCGGAGGAGGGGGACGCGGGCACGGGGACGGGCGCCGGCGGCCAAAAGUCGCCUGUGAAGGAAGUGAUGUGGGACGCGGAGGGGAUGACGUGGGAGGUGUACGGGGCGUCGGUGGACCCCGAGGAGCUGGGCCUUGCCAUCCAGAAACACCUGGAGCUGCAGAUCAAGGAGAAGGCUGCCCGGGCGGCCAAGCUGUCCCGCCAGGACACACCCACCUCCCAGCGGAGCGGGCGGCGCAGGAAGAGGGGGGGUGUGAUGGGGUCCCUGAGGAACCCCUCCUGCUGCGCCCGCUCCAGCGCGGUGGUGGACUGACAGGGCGAGCCACGGUUCCCGUGUGGCAGGGUGGGUGACGACCACCAUGCGCUGUUGGUCAUACCCACCAACUGCAGAGACUGUGGCCUGAAAUACAGAGAGGAACCUGCCUCACAGCAGAGGUAUGUCCAACUGAUGUCCAAUCAGGCAAAAUCACGCAUUCAGUAUCAGUGCUGCACUGAGAUCUGUAGCCCCGCUGCAGGUAGGCAGAUCAGUCACUACCACCAGCGAACCUCGCUGCACAGGGAGCAAAAACUCAAAACAGCCUUCCCUUUGUCCCUUCUCUGGAUUACUGGACUCAGCAGUAUGGGUGUUAGGUCUAUAUGUUAGGUCUCACACAUUCUGUGUUUCUCACGCAAAGCCAUGAGACAAAUAGCUCCUCAGACCUCUGGUCUGGAAAGUGCUAUUACAGCUGAUUUAAGGACCUUUUGUAAUUUUUCAAACUAGCAAGUAUUAUAAAACGGUACUGCAGAAAGGAAUGAGCAAAUGUAACUAACAACUGCAAAUGAUGUUGGAUCAUAUCUAAAAUUCAUGCAAGUUGAAAAAAAAACAGGAAGUUAAUCAUUUAAGAGACAGUUGCAGUGAGAGAUAUAAUUACAAUAAUGCCAUCAUGAACAGGUCAUUAACAGCCUUUGUGAACUACAUUGUGCACUGUAUUAAUUCCGCAUUGAGCACUGAAUUGAAGUCGACCACAUCAGUACAUUUGAUUAUCCUUUGCCUUGAAACCAGCAAUGAUGGCAGCAGCAUUUCAACCUUCCAUAUAGCAGAGCUUAAUGGUGUGAGAACCAGCUACAAGAGUAUUUCACAAAUAGUCCCUCUGACUCACACACAUCCAUGCGCAUAAACACAUGUCGUUAAGAUCAACAAACACAUUUACCUUUAUGUAAGCAGCGUCCCUCGAGUGGGUCAAACAGUCCAGCCAGUCAUGUGGAAUUCGUAUCACUCACACAGUGUUUAUUCUGUCACACUGAUGCAUCCGAACGGGGGAACGCUCAGCCUAAAACAGUUCAAAAUAAGCUGUUCAUUGUUUGUGACUAAACACAGCCCUGUGUGUGUGUGUGUGUGUGUGUGUGUGUGUGUGUGUAGCUGCCCCUGUUUGUGCUGCAGUUCAGAGUUCACAGAAAUAUCCAGAUGAGAACACGCACAGGCUGAGCUAUAUGUCACAAUAGACACUGAUCCUAAAUAAAACAUUGCGAAAGAUGUUGGUUCCAGAGUAUCCAUGCUCUCUCACUUUGACUAAGGGCCUCAUUUUGCUUCUGGUAGGUUUAAUUUCAGAAUUAUUCUCCAUAUACAUGUUCAUCUAUAUGUUUUUUAAAUUUGCUGCUUAUUUUGUAUGGUAAUCUGCAUUUUAUUGAUCAGGCUAAUGCAAAAAAUAGGGUAGGUUAUAAUUUUUCCACAGUGGUCCUUGGGUCAAGCCUGGUAGGCAAGCCUGUUCAUUGACAGUGGUUUAAUUCCAACUCUCUGGGCACAUGCUGUAGGUGGUCUGGAGUGUUUGAGAUGAUAGGAUAAUGGUGUGAUGUCUCAUAUUUCAUAAGUGCUAAUUCAUGGGCGGUAGGGACAGAUUCACUGCUGCUGUCCUUGAUUUGGGCCAUCAGCUGCUUGAAUUGCGCAAAGCACACAGCAGCCAUGAACUGAUAAAAGAAAUGACAAUUUCCCUAACCUUUUGCUUGUCACUCAAUAGUAUUACCCUUCUAUAUAUUUCUGUCAUUAUGCCAAGGAUGCAUACCUGACUAACCGUUCUCUAAAUGUGGGCUAAACCUGUAAGAAAGAAAUUCGGUUAAACUGCAGCAUGUCCCUCCCUUAUAGCUGAGUGUGUGCCGAGGCUGUGGAUUUUAGACUGUGCAAAGCAAUGUAAAGCAAACUGUGUAU